GCUAAGGAGAAUGAAUAAAAGUGGGAUUUUGCCCCUGGUAUAGGAAGGCAUCGCUGUCGAUGACAUGCUUGAUGGGGUCUUAGCUAAUCUUGCUACCCUAGAAGCUAAAUUUGGAUGGGACUUCUUAAAUGCUCAAGAUGCACAAUUGAGUCAUCCUCUUAGGUCUAUUUACUCCCUAUAGCAAUUGCUUAGGUAUUCACUAAUAAUUGAUGGCUUUUUGUACUUAAUUACAUAUAUUUCAUGAGCAAAAUCAUUUGUUACUAGCGCCAUAAGUUUGGCUUUGUUGCCUCUAACAAUAUUUUUCUCCUAGGAAUUUCUGUAAUCUCCUUGCUUAUUUAGUUGUAUCUCUUUAUUUUCCAUUAAAACAAUUGCUUGAUAUUACGUUUGAUAAAAUGAAUACCCUUAUGGACCACCCCCAAGUUUCAACUAAAAGUAACACAUAGGUUAUGUUCACAUCUUAGGAUAAAUGUUUCAGUAAAUUCAAAGUUGGUUGAUAUUAUUUUUGAUUAAAUGAAUAUCACAGUCCUUGAGGACCACUUCCAACUAGAAGUAGUUCUUAUGCUGUCUUCUGAUCUUUAGGAUAAAAGCUUUUGUCUUCUGAUCUUUUAGGAUAAAUGCUUUUACAAGUU